UGUCAAUUCAAAUAGUCAAAUUAAAAUUUACGUUUACACAAUUUUUAUAUUAGAUUUUGGGCAAUAAUACAAAAAUUUUAUACGUGUUAAUUUGAAUUUCUCUUAUCCAGUAUGCACGACAAGCUGCUUCGUCAGGCAGACGUAUGGCGGACGUGCAACAAGAUCCGCGCGGCCGUGUUCCGCGUCGGCAUCAACCUGUGGGACUGGUACCGCCCGCUCGACCCCGAGGGCAACUCGCUCAUCUCCGAGUCGAAGUUCGUAUCGGUGCUGGCGGGUGGCCUGCGGUCGGUGGUCGGUCUGUCGAACGCCGAGGUGCAGCAGCUAGCCGCGUACUUCCGCGCGCAGGACGGCCGCGUCCUCUACACGCAGCUCUGCCGCCUCGUGCAUGGAGAGGACCCGGGUCCGGCGAAGACCUCCACCGAGUGUAUCCUGGAGGCGUGUCCCCCGCCCCCCGAGCCAGCGUGCCGCAAACUCGACGAGGGUCAGACGAGGCGCCUCUGCUGCCUGUUGGCCACCCUGGCGCAGAGGGACCUGCCGCUAAAACCCUACUUCCAGGAUUAUGAAUUGGUGGCUAAAAACGACGGUCGCAUCACCUUCGCCCAUUUCGCUAGGAUCCUCAACUACGCGAAGGUGCUGGUUUCCCCCGAAGACUUUAACCUCCUGGUGCGCCGGUUCAUCAGGGACUCCUACACACUGGACUACGUCGAGUUCCUCAAGGCUGUGGAAGCGGUCAGAAAGGAGGGCAUCCGUGGAUUGGGACCGGAAUACAACAACCCGAAAGCCGUGAUCGACACAGCGCUGCCCAAACUGUCUCGUCCGGAGAUAGAGGCCGGUAUGUCGACGCGGCCGCUCGGCGGUACCUCGACGACGCACCAUCCCGCGCUGGACCCACCCAAACCCACCAGAACCCUCAUAGAAAGUAUGCUAAGGGUGCAGGAGUAUGUGCUGAAACGACGAGUGAGGGUGUCCGAGUUUUUGAGAGACUACGACCCGCUGAACUGCGGUCGCAUAACGCCGCAACAGUUCGUGCGGGCGCUGGGCGCGAUGGGCAUCAGUACCAUACUGAGCGGCGAGGAGCUGCGCUGCGUCACGCAACACUACACCGACCCCAACGACCCGCAUCGCGUCUGCUGGAGGACCUUCGAGGACGACUGUGAUCAAGUGUUCACGGUGAAGGAGCUAGAGAAGCAUCCGGAGUUGUGUGUGACGUCGGCGGUGCCGCUCCCGGCGCGCGGCUCGGCGGAGGAGCGCGGCGGGCUGACCGAGCCCCAGCUAGACGCCGCACAGGCCGCGCUGCUGCGCCUGCGCAACACUUGCAACACACGCCACCUUGAUCUCAGACCCGCUUUUGGUGAUCAUGACCGACUGAAGAGCGGUCACGUAUUGCGCACGCACGUGUCGCGCGUGCUGGCGCGGCUCGGCGUGCUCAUGACGGCGGCGCAGCUGCGGGCGCUCGAGGACCGGUACCUCGAUGACUGCGGGUUCAACUACUUCGCGCUCUUGGAGGAGCUGGAGGAGCAGCGGCCGGAGAGUGUGACGUCACCGUCAGCAGCAGUGGCACACGCUCGUCGCGUGACAACACCAGCCCCCACGCCAGACGAACAGACCAACAUCGUCCUGAUACUAGCCAAGAUUAAGGGAAAGAUGGUGCGCGAAGGUAUCCGUCCGCGCGAGUUCCUGCAGCAGUUCGACAAGAAGCGCGAGCUGGUGAUCCCGCGCGCGGACUUCUACCGCGGCCUCGCCGCCGCCGGCGUCAGCCUCACGCCGCUGGAGAUGGACACGCUCAUGGAGGUUUUCUGUGCGCCGGGUCGGCGGCGGUACGUGGAAUACGAGCGGUUCUGCGGCUGCGUGGGUGAGGCGCUGACGCAGGCGGGGCUGGAGCGAUCGCCGCUGCUGACGCCGGUGCCACACGUGCCGGUGCCGCCCACCAGCUUCCUCAACUUCGAGGAGCGCGCCAUCGUGUCCACGGCGCUGACCAAGCUCGCCAACCACCCCGAUCAGCUGUCCAACAUACGCGAGGUGUUCAACGAUUCAGACCGCGCACGCUGCGGCACGGUGAGCAAGUCGUGCGUGCAGCGCGCGCUGUGCCGACGCGGGCUACUGGCGGUGCUGUCGGCGCGGGAGCUCGACCUCGUCUGCAAGUGCUUCGCCCAGCGCAGGGGCUGCGAUGAUGAGGUGAACUACAGAGCGCUGUGUAAUGCUUUGGAUCUUCUUCAUGCAACAGCAAGAGCACAGCCUUGUUAAAAAUAUAUUUUUACUAAAUUAUAAAAUAUGCUUUUUAAUGUC